UAUGUUUAAAGAGUUUCUUGCUGAUGUGCAGCUGCAGACCUCAUGGCCAAAUCAGUGUUUAAGCUAGUUACUGUUAUGUCCACAUGUUUGUGCUGUAAGGUUUAAGUGUAUAUUUAUCACUUUAAGGGCCUAGUUCAUGUCAGGGCAAAGACGAUGAAUAACUGUAUAUAUUUAAAGUAAAUUUCAUUUUAAGCACGAUGUGGAACCUUAGUUUAAAAAAGAUUAUUAAAAUGUCAUGUGAUAACUUUAGUUAAAAACAUAAUUUAGGACAUGUUAAUAAGAUGUGACUGUGUGCAUGAAUAUUGAAUAGAUGUAGUUUUUUUGUAUACAUUGUUUAAAAAGUAAUUCAAUACAGAUGAGUGAAGGUGAGAGCUGCAUGUAUGCUUCUUCAUCCUUCUCCCAUUACGUUUUCCCUUGUUUGAGGGAACAACCCAACAAUUGACAAUGUGCAGUCUAACAACAUCACAGUUCUACAGUGGAUUUGAAGUCUUCUGUCAGAUUCUGAGAUAUGGAUGCCACUCUACACUUUACAACCUAAUUAGAGGAUUGUCUACUUCUUCUACCACUUCACCUGAUUGUGUGUUUUGUGAUUUCACGGAGGAAAUAUUAUUGCCCAGAACAUCACAAAGCAUUAAACCAACAGAAAACAACCACAGAAGAAAAUGUUCCACUCAACUGGCCAACCACUGCAUAUACUUCCUUUUAUGGAAAAGUGGUCAUGAUCGCAAGUCAUGAUAUCUGUGAGAAGAUUCUUUUCACUGUCUUUUACCUCUCUGCCAUCGUCACACAUGGACCGGCUGCACAUUUUCACGGUCUUUCUCUUAGGAGUUGUUUCUUACAUGAUUUCUGGAUCGUUAUUGGAGGUGACAGUCAGACCAGGAGACAACAUCACUCUCUACUGUGACUGCAAAUUAUCAAGUGGAGUAUUCAUAGUGUGGUACAGAAACUGCUCUCAUGAGAACCAGCCUUCUCUUGUCCUAAAAAUAAAAUUUGAAUCAAGACAAACCAGUGAUGCUACAGGCUAUCUAAAUCUCCCUCCUCCUUUCCACUAUGUGAGGAACAAAUCCUCUGAAUCCUAUGACCUGCUGAUCAUGAACAUCACUGAUGUGGACGAGGGCCUCUAUUACUGUGGAACUGAACAAGCCAAGGUGGAGGAUAAAGAAUACAUUACUCAAAGAAAUGUUUACAGCUUUGGCAAUGUCACAACAAAGAUCAUAUUCAACUCCAGCAACCCUGAUCACCAUGAGACCACUGGUCCAGACUGUGGUGUCUGCUGGAGUCUGCUGUUCUCUCUGUGUCCAGCGUUAGCUGUUCUCUCCUCUCUCCUCUCCUCUCUUGUGGUUUAUCACAUCUGUAAGAAAAAAGCUAAAGAACCUCAAGUAGAUCAGCAAAGACCUGACACACGAGAUCAAACAAGACUGGAUCAGGAUGAAGACGUGUGUUAUGCUGCACUGGAAAUUCUUCAGGCAUCACAGAGACCAAAGAAGAAGAAAACUCAGAGUGCUGACUUCAGCACCUAUUCUGGCAUCCGUACUUCCAGGCUGUAGAGGACCUAAACAAAUGAACAACACAAUACAUUGUAUAAUGAUUAUUAAUAAUGCAUCAUUUAAUCCAUUUGUAGGGCUACAUAUAGACCAUUCUGUCACUGAUAUUCCCCAUUUAAAGCUUUGUUUGUUUGUUUGUUCGUUAGGGUGAAAAGCAAUGCUGUUUUCGAAAAGUUGAUACUAAACUACCUUUUUGUGUCAUCUCUUCUCUGAGGACAAAUAAAUCUAUUGUUGGAGUUUUA